AUGAUCUGUCUUGAAGGAAGAGUCAGCAUGCGGUUGUGCUUAGAGUGUGAUGGUCCCAAUCCAGAGUACAAGUGUCAGGACUGCUUCGGGUCAGAGCUUCAUUGCUCAACUUGUAUUUUGUCAAAGUGGAACGCCCUGGGCCUCCGCAUUCAGCUUGGUCACAUCACUGGCCGGCAAUGUGUCAAUCCUCACCGUGCUUUUAAUGACGAUUUUGUCAUUAUCGACAUCUUCAGUAUACACGAAGUGUCACUCGACUUCUGUGGUUGUGCAAUAGCCAAAAGUUGUAUGCAACAGCUACUUCGAAUGUCAUUAUUUCCUUCGACAACCUCAGAUCCAAAAACUGCUGCAACAUUCCACUCUAGUUUUGGUGCAUGUCACCGCGUUCUGGAGCAGUAUCACCUGCUCUCGUUUGAGUCAAAAAUAUCUGCCUAUGAAUUUUAUCAUGGACUUCGCCGGAUGUCUGACAAUACCGGUCUACUUCUCAUUAAGGAUCGAUAUGAGUCGUUUAUGUGGAUGAUUCGUAAAUGGCGUCACCUGAAGAUGCUCAAACGCUCAGGGCGAGGUCACGAUCCGAAGGGUGUAGAAGCGACAGCUCAAGGUGAAUGUGCUGUAUUGUGCCCAGCUUGUCCACAUCCAGGGAAGAACCUUCCAGAUAAUUGGAAAUAUGCACCUCGACGUAUUAGUUGGCUCUACGGAUUGUUCCUUGCUAUCGAUGCAAACUUCCGGUUGAAAUGCAAGGCUGUCUUGAAUGACAGUGUGGACCCAAGCCUGAGUUCUGGGUGGGCCUAUUUCGUGGAGGAUGAAGCUUAUAAGGGCUUCUUGGACAGCAAUUCGGACAAUACCCAAGAGAAAUCAACAUGCUCAAGUCACAACGCUGUGAACAUGGCGGACACAAAAUCUAAUUGCGGACUUGCUGCCACAGGUUUAGGUACUGUCAACUGUGCCCGCCACAACAUGAAACGGCCCAACGCUGUUGGAGAUCUCCAAAAGGGUAAAAGAUAUGUCAACAUGGAUUAUUUGUUCUUCUCAACACUGCGCCACACUGUAAUCGACACUCUGAAUGUAUCUUAUGAUAUCGUGUGCCAGUGGCACAAAAAAUUAUGGCACCAUAUGAGCACAUUUCCAUUCCACCUUCCUGCUCACAUCGAGGAGUGUCAAACCUCAUUCUCGUUCAAUUUCAAGAGUGGGGUUGGUCGGACUGAUGGAGAAGCACCCGAGCGUGGCUGGGCCAAUAUCAACCCCGUCGCUUCAAGUACUAAAGAGAUGGGUCCUGGUGCACGGCGAGACACCCUUGAUGACUACUUUGGAGACUCAAAUUGGAAAAAGGUAGUUAAACUUGGUCAUACUAUGCUUCACAAGAUGAAGGAUGCAUUACCAGAGCGGCAGGAUCAUCACGAAGCCCUUGACGACCUUGAAGAAGGUUUGAGAGGUGAAUAUAGUGCCUCUCUCACCCAGUGGAGAGAACAGGUGGAGGCUUGGGAGCGUGACCCUGCAAAGCCAAAUCCUUUCAAACGAAGGGCAGAAAUUGUCACUAUGGCUUCUGCGCGACUGGAACUGGCUAGGGAUGACCAGAAUGAUAUUCAAACAGGGACUUGCCUUGCGCUACACAAGGACUGUACUCCUAGUGUAUUGAUCAGUACCGGCUUAGAACUCGAGGAACAACAAGCCAGCCUCAGAGUUCACGCAACAGACAAUCAAGAAGGGAAGAUGCUUCAGCAGAAUAACACUCUGCAAUGCAGGAUUGACACCUGGACUAAAUUACAGGAACUAUACAUGCCGUCGCUCGCUGCACUACGUGUCAGUGAGAGUUCAGUAUCUGGUGGCAUAGCCACUGCAGUAGCUACACCAGAAACUGUCAAACUCUGGCUACCAUCCCAAAUGGGCAAGACAGCACCUUGUGACACCCGCCUCCAAACCAUCGAAUGGAAGCUCCGGUAUGUGCAAGCUCACGAUGCACUCCGUUCCCUACGUUCAAACUUGUGUGCUCAGACUGCAAUCCUCAAGUAUAAAGAUCGCAACCUUCGUGGACAAGGUGCGAAUACGAGGGCACGGAAUACACUCAAAGCUGUUGAAGCAAGGCUUGAGGCUGCCGCCAGCACAUAUGAGCGUGCCCAUAAGGCUCUCGUGGUUCUUGCACCACUGCUGAAUCAGACUGGGUGGCACUCCUCACUGCGGCCACUAAACCAAGCGGAUAUCCGCUCGAUGACAGAUCUAUUAUGGGGGGAAUCAGAGGGGACAAGAAAACUAUCUUGGAUCUGGAAUAUGGCACGGGCGAUGCGCUGGGCUGAAGAGGUGGAGCUGCUGAAGGACGAGAUGUGGAGGAUCCUACAAUUUUUCGUAUGGGAUGCACAAUGCUGGGACGAGCGAGGGCUAGAAGAUGCCUUACAUGACGUGCAUGAUGAUGAUGAGCGCGAGGGACUGAUAGCAUAUGCCAAACGUCAAGCUUCAUUAUGUCGAAGGCUCGCUGAGUCCUUCAGGACUAGUUGGACUGACACCUUGGCACUGGCGGACAUAUUCAACCACUCACUCAUCACUCAGCAAGACAUGGACAUUGAUUGA